GUAUGCAAUAGAUUUUGGGAUACAGUCGGAUAUCCUGUGUGGGUGUUUUACUCUACAUCGUUUUGCAUACCUUGGCGAAAUAUAAACGUUUCACCAUACGCCCCCGUACCUAGCCAUUUAAUUAGAUCCCCGGGGUGCGGAUCAGUUUGGCACCGUGUCUGCGUGCAAGCGAAACCGGCAGUUUUUUUGUUUUUUGCUCCCGGAGCCCUGGCCGCGGUCCUCGCGCGAAUUCACUUCUGCACCGGCGGCGCGGGAAGAAAAUCGAGCCCGCAGUCGAGCUGCUGCUUUUGGGGUAAAGUGUUCUGCACGACUCGGACAGACGGCAAUCCAAGCGUUGCAGCCGCCGACAAGCAGAGUGUAAUGUUUUGGUCGAUGCGCGAGUCGCUGUGGGAAUGAGACUGCGAGGCAGGGAUUUGGAGGAUUCCACCGUCUCCUGGAUACCAAGCGUCCUGGGUGUGCAGAGCGUCAGGCUCCGCCUUCGCCUUGAUCGCCGUGACGACAGGGGGAGGGGCCUUUGGCAACUGGUUGACCUGGGAGAGGAAGCAAAGAGUGGGCAGCGGAUACGUGAUAGGACACCUCCUACUUGUUCACAAAGUCUGAUGAGUAUUCCUGCUGCUGCAUCAGUUCAGUCAGGAGGUGGAGAGAUGCAAUCACCUGGGGCCAUUAGCCCUUCAUUCCUCCCGCCCCCAAGUGGAAAAGUUCCAGGUCGCAAGAGGGGUCGUCCACCCCUGAAGAGGCACCCGGAAUACCAGAGUCGCUAUCCAGAAUCCCUUCCACCCAUUAAAGUGCCUAAGAAAAGAGGAAGGAAGCCUGGCUUUAAGCUGAAGUCUCGCUUGAUGACUCCCCUGGCUAUCUCUCCUCCCAGCAGCACCCCAGAGCCAGACAUGAGCUCAAUCCCCCAGGACGCAGCUACUAUCCCCCACUCUGCCACCCCGCAGGUCCUCACAGUGUGUAUCUACGUGAAUAAGCAGGUGAACACGGGUCCUAACCUGGACAGGCAGAAGGUGCUGCAGCUGCCGGAUCACUUGGGUCCCGCCAGGCCCUCUGUGGUGCUCCAGCAGGCGGUGCAGGGCUGCAUCGACAGCGCGUUUCAACAGAAAGCUGUCUUCACCUUGCUUACAGAGGGCUACGGAGGAGAAAAGAUCUCAGCCACCUUUGAUGGUAAACAGCAUCUGUUGAGUUUGCCAGUGGUCAACAGUGUAGGUUAUGUUCUACGCUUCCUUAAGAAGUUGUGCCGAAGCCUGAUGUGUGAGAACCUCUUCAGUGACCAGCCCAUCGCUCCUUCAUCGUCCCCCUCGUCCUCUUCCUCAUUCCACACUGAAAAGCACUCAGACGGACAGCCCAAGUCAACAGACUCGAUGGUGGAUGAUUACCAUGGAGAUUCAAUGGACCCCAAGCGCUAUUCUGUUGACCCCAGCGACUCUGCUUUUGGAGCGAUGUCCUCACCGUACACGGCGAGUAAACCUGCAUAUGGUUUUCGUUCUGGCCCCGUCUACUCUGGAGGUGUGUGCAGGCAGGCAGCCAGUCCCAGCACAUUCCAGGAAGGAAACAGAAGUGCCUACAGUCCAUCCCCAGAUGGAGGGGAGGCGAAGCCCCCACCCAGUAAGGAUCCAUCCAGGUGGAGCGUGGAUGAGGUGGUGUGGUUUAUCAAAGAUGCAGAUCCUCAAGCGCUGGGCCCUCACGUGGAUCUCUUCCGAAAACAUGAGAUUGAUGGGGAUGCUCUUCUUCUCCUGAAGAGUGACAUGAUCAUGAAGUACCUGGGACUCAAACUGGGCCCGGCUCUCAAGCUCUGCUACCACAUUGACAAGCUAAAACAGAACAAGUUCUGAC